ACCAGUUGGACGGGCAGUUGGCAUUGCUUUCGGGGCGUUGAUAAGUGCGCACCUCACCCACCUCGCCGUACUGCGCUGGUUUUUGUUGCUGUGCGUGCAGUAGAACAAAAUUAACAUCGCGUCGCUCAAACAAGCAAAACACUCUCGAUAAGGAAAGUCGAGGCGAAACAGUUGCGCCGCACACUUCGGACCGGGAACAACGCAUAACCGUGCCGAUCCGAUACGAUCGCCGCAGUGAGCUCACUCCGGCGGAAUUCCAGCGAAAUGCCCGAUAACAGCAACAAAUUCUGCAAGUCCAGCAAUGUGCACAUUCCGGAUUGGAUCAACGAGGCCUACUUCAAGCGGCUGCUGAAGAGGGAUUUCCGGGAGUUCCGGCGCAUCCUGAACCUCUCCAUCAUUCCGGCCACGCCGCCCGGGGAGACCUACACCUCGCUGCUGAUGCGCAUCGUCAUCGACAUCGAGAUGAAAGAUGGCUUCUCACAGCAAAAGUCGUACAUAGUGAAGACCAUGCUGGACGAUGCCCUGGGCAAUGGUGGCUUCGUGAACACCCUGAACAUAUUUCCCAAGGAGAAGAUGAUGUAUGAGACGAUCAUCCCGAAUUUCGAACUUCUCUAUGAGGAGGCUGGCCUGAGUGUGAAGUUCGCACCCAAGUGCCUUUGGGCUGAGGACAUUAAAGGACGGAUCUGCCUGGUGCAGGAGGAUCUGCAAACGAAGAAAUACCGCAACAUCAAUCGGCUCAAGGGUUUCGAUAUGGCACAAAUGCAACGAGUGCUGGAGAAAUUAGCCGAAUUUCACGCGGCAAGUGCGGUUUGGCGUCAGCGUAAUGGACCUUUUCCCGAGGACUUUCAGAGAAUAUACCUGCCCGCCAACUACAACCGGUCCAAGUCCUACCAGGCGAGGCUCCAGAGCUUUAAGACAGCAAUGGCCAGUUGGGGUCUGGUCGAUCAUGAGGAGUACGUGAGUCGCAUACCCACUGCUGAUCAGUUUGUGCAAUCCUACGCCCGCUGUUUCAACAACAAUCCGCAGGAGUUUAAGGUUCUCAAUCACGGCGAUCUGUGGUCCAGCAACAUAAUGCUAAGCUACACUCAGUCUGGUGAUAUCAACCAAAUUCGCUUCGUGGACUUUCAGCUGUGCAAAUGGGGCAGUCCGGCCCAGGACUUGUGGGAACUCAUCGUUUGCUCGGCCAGGCAUAGUAUACGGAUACAAAACUUCGACUGCUUCAUCAGAAUAUACCAUACCCACCUUGUGCGGUGCCUGAAGAUCCUUAAAUACAGCGAAAGAGUGCCGAUGCUAAGGGAACUACAUAUGAACAUGAUCAAGUAUGGAUUCUGGGGUUACUUUAAUACUUUUACCCACUUGGUAUUUAUCCUUUUACCCGUGGGCACGGAGGCCAGCUUGGUCAAGCUUACGCAGCCGGGAGAGGAAGGGGAUCGCUUCCGGUCCAAGGUCUACACAAAUCCCCUGUACGUCCGUGCAGUCCUCAGCAUAUUCCCCUUCCUUUACAGGCGCGGCAUCCUAGACUUUUAAUUUAAUGCAACUUACUUACUUUUAACUAAUAGACCUGUCUGAUACUUUUAUGCACUUUUUGCCGAAAUAAAAAAAAAAAACAAAUA